AAAUAGAUGAAGUUGCAUCAUUUAGAGAACCUCUAGAGGCAUAAAUCAAAAUCAGUUCUGUCUUAUUCUUGCCUCUUGGGACCUUGCUGCUGUGUACUUCACCUCUUGUGGGGAUGUCCUUGUUCUUCUCUCCAUCAAAAAUAUACCAUAAAACUACACCCUCCCUUCAUCUUAUAGAGGUAACAAAACUUCUCAAAUUAUAGUAUCAAGAUUCAAGUUUUUUCUUUGAAGCUUCUUGUUCCAAGAAAGGAAGAGAAAGAAUGGAUGAUAAGUAUAGGCUAGUUAGGAAGCAUAGUGAGCUAUGGAGAACAUUGAGAGAUGGAGAUUUUGAAGAAGAAGAAAUUUGGGAUGUUGUGAAAGAAAGAGAAGAUUACACAUGUGAAGAAGUUUUUCACCACAAGGCAAAGAACAAAGAACUAUCAUCUCUUCUGAUUCCGAUUGGUUCGAGAACGAUUCCGAUUCCGAGGACUAGUAGUGAGAGUAGUAGUGUGAAUUCAUCAGCACCGGUUAAUAUUCCUAAUUGGUCAAAGAUUUAUGGUCAUGAUGAUGAUAAGGUAAACAAGAGUGUUAAGAAUGUUUCAAGGUAUGGUAAUGAUAAUUAUGGUUACUAUGAUGAUCAUGAAGGUGGUGAUGAUCAUGAAGUUUUGAACCAUGGCGAAAGAGGUAGCGAUGAUGAUGAUGAUGAUGGUGAAGAUGAAGAUGAAGAUGAUGAUGGUGAUGGUGAGUAUGGUACUAGGCUGCCACCUCAUGAGAUAAUUGCGAGAAGGCUUGCAAGGAGUCAGAUUUCUUCAUUUUCUGUUUUUGAAGGUGUUGGUAGGACACUUAAGGGUAGGGAUCUUAGCAAAGUGAGGAACUCUGUCCUCAUAAAGACUGGUUUUCUUGAAUCAUUAUGAUUAAGGGUUUUUCAAUUGAUCAAAUUUGUGAGGUUUUAAAUUACGGUUGCGAACUUUUGUAUUGCAUUAAAUUUUGAGAAUUUGAAAUUGCAGUUGUAAUAUAGUUGCAAGGACUUCUCAAUAUUUUCGGAUGCAGUACUAUAAUUUAAAACCAUAGUUAGUUAUAGUUAGAGUCAUCUUUAACGACACGUCUUUAAAAUUUGUCAUGUUUAAGUCACGAGUAAAUAGGAUCUCAUAAAUAUUUAUCAAGAUUUAGUCGUGACUAAAGAUGGUCCAGUUAUAGUUUAGGUAUUGAUUAUGUGGAAUUCAUUGAGUUAUUGUAAGUUGUUUAGAUUAUCCUUACAAAAUAUUAUGGAUGUGUUAGGUGAAGUAUUGAAAUGAGUCAUAUAGCCAUUUAACAUA